UUGGUAACCUGGCUUUUUAGCUUUGGCAAGAAUGGCGUCUAAAAGAAACAGUGAAGAUCUCGAUGAAGAUGAAAAUACUUCAAUUUCAGUUCCCGGACAGAAAACAAAAAAGGGCAAGUGGACAAAUAAACAAAGAGUUCUUGUGUUUUGUGGAAGAGGUAUAACGCACAGAGCUAGACAUUUAAUGCUAGACCUAAGGACCCUGCUACCACAUCAUAAAACAGAUACAAAGCUUGAUCGAAAGGACAAACUUUUCAUUAUCAAUGAGGUUUGUGAGAUGAAAAGUUGUAAUACUUGCAUUUUCCUGGAAAUGAGAAAAAAGAAAGAUUUAUUUAUGUGGUUUUCUUUUGCCCCCCAUGGUCCUUCAGCCAAGUUUUUAGUAGAAAAUAUUCAUACAAUGGACGAAUUAAAGCUAACUGGGAACUGCUUAAAAGGUUCCAGGCCAGUCCUAUCUUUUGAUAAGCAAUUUGACAAAACGCCAGAAAAUCAACUUUUAAAAGAAAUGUUUAACCAAAUAUUUAGUACUCCGAACUACCAUCCAAAAAGCAAGCCAUUCACUGAUCGUGUUAUGACCUUCUCCAUUCUCGAUAACAAACGUAUAUGGGUGAGAAAUUUCCAAAUUGUAGACGAGGGAGGCACAUUGCUAGAAAUAGGUACUGUAAAGUUUUGGACCGCGGAGCUGGAUCUUGUUCCRACGAUUGUGAGUCUGUCGACGCUGACGCACGAUGCAGUGAUGUGUGCAGGCUGCCUAACCACAGGUAGCCCAACCUGGCUGCCUGUGUUAUAUCGUCGAAUGAUUCGUCGCAAAGCAGCUUUCAAGUACAUUGAUCGCAUGGAUGCAAAGUUAGCCCUCGAAACACGGCGAGAGGAAAGCAAAGAUAUUUCUGUCGAUGAAGAAGACGUCGAUGACAUCUUUCACACCAUUACACAGUCAGAUAUCGAUAAAGCCAGAGCGAAUAAGAGCACAUUGAAAUCAACACCGAAGAAGAAAAGGAAAACGAGUUAAAUUUUUACAGAAUUUUUGGGAUGGAAAGAAACGAUUAUCUGUCUGCCAUGCCUGGCCAUAAAAAUUUCGCGGGAAUUGAAUUUUUUAAGAACAAAAUUCCAAAGAUUUUUUGUCGAUGUGAUGAUAUUGUGGUUUUUGUUCAUUCACGAUAAAAUAAAGAGCAGUAAAGAUUAAUUUUUGGUA